UUGCAUAUAGGAAGUCAGAGCUCACUAACUUACUACGCACGAUAAAAUAAAGUUGCUGAUGUAAGGGUAGCUAAAUAAAUGAGAGUUCUGAUCCAGCGUAGCAACAGAGGUUUUGUCACAUAACAUCCAAUGUAUCAGUAUUUACAAUUCGUGUGCACAGAGCUUAGCGGAAACUGAUAUAUCUGGAAUCGUCCAUGGCAGCCACAACAGCCAAGAGAAGCAAAUUUGUGGUGGUUGGCGGUGGCAUUGCAGGUGUUACGUGUGCUGAACAGCUGGCGUCGCAGUUUCCAUCCGAUGAGGUCGUGCUUCUGACCGCUGCGCCUCUUAUAAAGGCCGUGACGAACUUCAGACAGGUCUCCAAGACCCUGGAGGAUUUUGAUGUUGAAGAGCAGCCCUCCAGUGUUUUAGAAGAGAAGUAUCCAAAUGUGAAAGUAAUCCAGUCAGCCGUGAAAGGACUACAAGCAAAGGAGCAUAAGCUGCAGACAGAGAGCGGGGAGGAGUUCCACUAUGAGAAGCUGUGUCUCUGCACUGGGGGCAGACCCAAACUCUUUACCCAGGACAACCCCCACGUACUGGGCAUCCGAGACACAGACAGCGCCCAGGAAUUUCAGAAGCGGUUGUCAAAAGCAAAGCGGAUAGUUGUCGUUGGGAAUGGAGGCAUUGCCUUGGAGCUGGUGUAUGAAGUAGAGGGCUGUGAGGUGAUUUGGGCGGUGAAGGACAAGGCCAUCGGGAACACCUUUUUUGAUGCAGGCGCUGCACAGUUCCUCAUCCCGUCCCUCAGCGCAGACAAGCCAGAGAGAGCCCUCCCCUGCAAGAGGGCCCGCUACACCACAGAAGGAGCCGCACCUACAUGCUCACCCUCUACAGACAGAGGUGCGUGGAACCAAAGCCCAGGUUCAGCAGGGGAAUUGGGCAGUGCUCUGGGGCCAGACUGGCAUGAGGGCAUCGAGCUGAGAGGAGCGCAAGAGGUGUCUCACAGAGUCCAUGUGGAGUAUCGGUGUGAGGUACAGACGGUGUAUACACGUGACGAAUUCACGCAGUCUCGGCAGUCUCCACAGCCAAGCUCAGAGCCAUCGACAGACACAGGGCUCUGGCCAGUGUACAUCCAGCUAACCAAUGGGAAAACCUACGGAUGUGAUUUCAUUGUCAGUGCAACUGGGGUCACGCCAAACACUGAACCAUUUCUCCAAGAAAACAAUUUUGCAGUGGCAGAGGACUCCGGCCUCAGAGUGGAUGACCAUAUGCGAACCUCAGAGCCGGACGUGUACGCAGCUGGGGACGUGUGCACUGCAUGCUGGGAGCCCAGUCCCAUGUGGCAACAGAUGCGCUUGUGGACCCAGGCCCGGCAGAUGGGCUGGUUUGCAGCUCGGUGCAUGGCCGCAGACGUUCUGGACGAGCCUAUAGAGCUGGAUUUCUGCUUCGAACUCUUCUCGCACAUCACCAAGUUCUUCAACUAUAAGGUGGUGCUGUUGGGGAAGUUCAACGGGCAGGGCCUGGGGCAGGACCACGAGCUUCUGGUGCGUUGCACCAAGGGGCAGGAGUACGUGAAGGUGGUGCUGAGAGGGGGCCGCAUGAUGGGGGCCGUGCUCAUCGGAGACACAGAUCUGGAGGAGACCUUCGAAAACCUCAUCCUCAACCAGAUGGACCUGUCCGCCUACGGAGAGGAGCUGCUAAACCCUAAUAUCGACAUCGAGGACUACUUUGACUGACGGUCACCCAGCCGAAUCCCACCUGUCAACUAAGGCAGCUUUGUCCUUCUGUUCUUGCAUAUAAGAGCAGCGUGUUUGCACCUUAAGGACAUUACCAGUUUAGGUAAUUGUGUUUUAUGAUUGACUACAUUUACAUGCACAGUAAUAUUCUGACUGACACGAGUCAGGUAAACGCCAUAUUUCAAUCCAAAAACCCGCAUAAGCCAGUACUUCAUCUGGGAGAGAUAUGGUAAUAUUUAAUCAUGUAAACACUUUAUUCUAUGAAUCUUGGGGUCAUAAUUCACUCAUGAGGUAGCUGUGCUGGCUAGCAAGAAGGUGUCAUUUUUGAUGACAAUUGUUUGGAAUAAGAUACUUUUUUACACAGUUAUCAGAGUAGCCCAAAUAUCAGCAGUGGUUACAUUUCAUGUUGCACGCAAACAUCUUAUUUGGAAUCUCUCAUACCUGGAUAUCUUAUCUGAUACCAGGAAAAAAAAACUGAAUGUAAACACAG